ACCGGAAGUGUGGUUGCUGUUCUGGAAGGAGGAACACAGUCGUUCAGAAACGUCGACCAGACCCGCGCCACUUGUUUAUUUCUCCUUUUAACCUUUAACGUCUUUUGUUUUCCCACAUAAAUUGUCGGUAGAAACUCUUUAAACGAUCGAUUAAAACGUCGGAAGCCGCGAUGGCGUCGCCGCUGGAGAUGACGGAGAUGUACGACAACGCUCUGCUGGGAAUCCUGCAGCAUGUUGGAAACAUCCAGGACUUUCUUCAGAUCUAUUUUGGGUUUUUGUAUCGCAAAACGGACUUUUAUCGCCUCCUGUCCGGUCCCAGCGACAAGAUGGGCUUCCCCCCCGGUGUGGCGGAGAAGAUGGUGCUCAAGACAUUUAAGCUGUUUGAGAAGGUGGCAGACCACGACAGAGAGAGACAGCUGAGCGAGAUCCAGAAGAGAGUGGAGAGCAGAUGUGUUCCUCAAUCGGUUCAGGAGCUGGAGGUCGCCACUGAGCCUCAGGAGGAGACAGAGGAGCAGAGCGCCGUGGCAGCACAGACGGAGAGCUCCCCGUUGGAUGCCGGGCAUGUUUCAGCCCCUGCAGCCUCAGAAGCGACUGCUCCAGAGCCUCUCGCUCAGGGAGACCAGGCAGCGGCUGCCAGCACAAACUCAGCAGAGCAGAGUCAGGAGAGAUUUCAGUGUGAUCCCGACAGUUACAACGGGGCGGUGAGGGAAAACUACAGCUGGUCUCAGGACUACACCGACGUGGAGGUCCGCGUGUUUGUGCCAAAGACAGUUGUUAAAGGCAAACAGGUCAGCGUAAGUCUGCAGACCAGCAGCAUGCGAGUGUGUGUGAGGGACGGAGCCAAGGAGGAAACACUGAUGGAGGGAGAAUUCAUGCACAAGAUCAACACAGAAAACACUCUGUGGAGCCUGGAGCCUGGAAGCUGUGUAGUUCUGUCACUCAACAAGACCUCAGAGGUUUGGUGGAACGCCGUGUUGAAAGGUGAGAAGGAGAUCGACAUCAACCAAAUUAACCGCGAACGCUCCAUGGCAUCAGUUGACGAGGACGAGCACGCCGUGUUGGACAGACUCACGUUCGACUACCAUCAGAAGCUGCAGGGCAAGCCACAGAGUCAUGAAAUGAAAGUGCACGAUAUGCUGAAGAAGGGCUGGGACGCUGAAGGCUCUCCCUUCAGAGGGCAGCAGUUCGACCCGUCCAUGUUCGACAUCCCACCCAGCGCGGUGCAGUUCUGAGACACAGCCAAAUAUCAGCCAAGUAUGAACUGGAUCCUAGUUUAUUUAUAGAAGUGCUUGUAGUAAAGACAUUUACCUGCUGGUCUGCUGUGUUGGAGGUUUGUCCUUAACCGUAAGAGCAGAACUAAAGCUGCCUAUUGUGACGAGGACUUAUUAUUAUACGAAACCUGAUAAUUCGGUUGACUUUGCCCACUCUACAGUGCCUUGUCUGCCCUACUGAGGUACUGUAUUCUUUUUUUUCCCAUUUCUAUUCUCAUAGCCCUGCCCCAAACUGCAUUGAAUCAUCUGUCAUUAUAACUGGUAGUCACUAUUAUUUCCAUCCUUCUCAAAGUGAUAUCAGAUGGAGCUGUAUAAUGAAGAAUGGUGUAGUUUUAGUCUCUUAUUUGCAUCUGAACAUUUGAUAGGCUCGUUUUCUUUCGGUAGGGCUAUCAGAGUGAAAACAAAGCAAGAGUAAAUUGACGCCUGUUUACCUACAGCAGAAUGUCUUGCGGCAGAUUCUUUUUUCCAUUUCAGCCAAUUUCCUCUCAUUUCCGCCCUGUUUAUAUAUUUAUACAUCAUAAAUAUUUUACAUUGAUUACACACAAAUAAAAUGAACUUUAAAAAGAAAUUCUAAUUCUGAAUGUUCAGCCAAUGUAGGGUCAAUCUUCCAUGAUCGAUCCUCGAACACAUGAUCACCGAAGAGCUGCUCUUCAGACUCAUUUGUUCACUACGCAGUGAGCAGGAGGAAGUGACUUGGUCGUGAAAACCCUUAGUUUACCAGGUUGUCAAUGUUAACAAGUUAUUUAUUUUGAUCCAGAUCCUUGAUACUAGCUACUACUAAACCCUCAUCGACGGCUGCAGAGGUCUGCCAGUCGUGAUGAGUUCAGCUCGACAGUGAGUUUUUGCCUUGUGUGAGUCCCGAUGAACUAAUCCACAAGAACAAAAUAAGCAAUGACCAGUGGAAAGGCUCAUUAUAAAAAUUUGGUAAAAAAUGUGAAGCAGAGGGCAAUUUUUUACAACUUGACAACCCAUGCUCUGAAAAAAUGGUGAGCAUUAGCAAUUAACUACUAGAUGAUUUUUUACUCCAUAAUAAACUCCUUUUUAAAGUAUGUCUGCUUAGACAACAGUGCCGAGGGUAAGGGGUUAGGUAAAAAGAGACUUUGAUUAAAGAAAACAAUUACAAAGAGGUACAAGAAACUAGAACUACUGCCCUGGGACAGUAUGCCUCCAACAUCGGUGCAGUUUCAGUCUACAAACAUUUUGUUACCAGACUAAGGUCACUUUGACCCUUGACCACUGAAAUCUAAUCAGUACAUUUUUUACAAGUGACAACUGGGCAAAAUCUGAAGAAAUUCCCUGAAGUCAGUGUUGCGAUAUGUUCAAGAGGCUAAAGACAUUUUUUGUGAGGCCAGUUUGACUUUGUUGGUAUUAGUGAGCCUCAUGUUAGAUCCUCAGUCAGUUACUUAGAGGAGUUUUUGAUUGUUGAGUGUUACCAGCAGAGAUUUUUAUUUAUUUUCCUACUGACUAUUCCUGACAUGCCAUAUAAGUCUGAAGGAGUUAUUCAAGUUCUGAGGUUUCUUUUCAGAUGGUACGCUAUCCAAGCCCAAGCUACAUUUAAAAUUUCAUUUAAAGAAAAAACAAAAGAAGCAAAGGCAUUCUUAAGAUAAGACAAAAAGUUUUUUUGAGGUCACCGUGAUGAAAUUUGUGAAACAAAAUCUAAUCUGCUUGUCUUUGAGUUUUAGUAAAAGUGCGUUCCAGAUUUGAAGAAAUUUCCUUGAGGUGUCCCUAAGAUGUUCCAUUCAUAAGAUCAAAAACAUACUUUGUGAGGCCACAGUGACUUUUGACCUUUGGCUACCAAAAUCAAAUCAGUUCAUUGUUGAGUCUAAGUGAAUGUUUGUAUCAAAUUUGAAUAAAUUCCCUCAAGGUGUUCUUGAGAUAAUGCUUUCACAAUAACUGGACAGACGGACGGACUGGCAUGGAGGCAUGAAAACCCACAAAUUCGAAAUUGUGUACGUUAUCUCCCUUGAGCAUGAUUUUUUCUUUCUGUUCCUUUCAUGGACCUUGAUUACAAAUUAUUUCCUUAAGUUCCUUAAAAGAAACUUUACUCUUAGCCAAGUCUCUUCCUCAGUAAAGUCCAAGCAAAGACAAUGCUGUUGUACUGUUUUCACUCCAGUUGUCUUCUCCUGUAUCUUCCUGUGUAAACCCUCAUAGUGCUGGUGUUUUAUCUCUAAAUUCAGCUCAGCUCUCAUCCAUCGUUCCACUCAGAAAAUGGAAGGGAUGAGUUGAUUAUUUCGAGAUAAAUGAGAGGAGAAAAAAAGAAGAUGAUGGAAAGACAGAAACGCAGAGUGAAGUAACCCUGGGACACUGUCGCCUAAUGAAAACCUUGUAUUUCCACAAUUUAAUGCCAGAGGCAGCAUUUGAAAAUGGCCUCCUCUGAAUGUUUGUAAAUAUAAAGUUCAGAUCGUUGCCACUUACUCAUUGAUCAGAAUUGAUUAGUUUCCAUCUUUGUUGGAAGGCCUUACAACUUAAAUAAAAUGAAAAAAGCCUUCAGAGGGUCAAUGCAUACCUUAUGCACAUGUUCUACUAUAAUGCAUAUUGAUGUCAUUAAUACCAUUUAAUGAUGAAUGAUUGGUUAAUCUAAAUGUGCUGCAAAUAGUGUCAGUUGCAAAAGUUAAUGGAGACACUUCAUGAAGAUGUAACUUGUUGAACCUUCCUUUGGGUCUUUUAUCUUCACCACCUUUUCAAGUGCUGGACCUGUAGGAAUAUGUCAAAAUGCUCUGCUGUCGGGUCCACAGAGGAGCACACAGCUUUACAUGGACCCCCCAGUCCCAGAGGAAACAAGAGUAAAGUAGAUUUAGUUUAUUUAUCCUGGCAGGUUAACGUCCCAGCUACAGUGGGUCAGGAUCUGAUGGUCUGUGCAGGGGUUUAAGUGUCUUUGCCCGCUCUUCAACCAGUCGAUGAGGCGUCUCCACCAGCUGCAGGAGAGCUGCACCGGCACAACUGUAAAGUUUUAAUUCUGUCACAUUUACUGGUUUUGACUCUAACAUCAGGCUGUGGUAAAUAAAAGUUCAAGGAAAA